AUGGGGUCCCAGGUGCUGCAGCUGCUCCGCCAGGGCGUGUGGGCCGCGCUCACGGGGGGCUGGUACCACGACCCCGAGCACAGCAAGUUCACCAACAGCUGCCACCUGUACCUGUGGCUGUUCCUGCUGCUGUUGCCCCUGGCCCUGCACCUGGCUCUUCCUCCCAGCGCCAUCGCUGUAUUUCUUUACUGCAGUUCAGUGACUCUGUUCUUCGCAAUAAUCAAACUGGUCAGCUAUCGCCUCCACCUCAUGUUCGAUAAAGGAGAAGCCAUUCAGCGGAGGCCCUCCAGAAAGAAAGAGAGGCCCAGCAAGCACAGGGAGACCAGCAGCGAGCACACGCCGAGCCACAAAACCCCGAGCAACAACCAGCUGGCCGGCGAUGGCAAGAAGGGAGAGGCCGAUCGGAGCGGCUGCACGCCCCCCCUGCGCCGCGGCUCCCAAGGGCGGAACUCCAGCUCCCACCGCUCCUCCGGGCGGCCGGAGCUGCCUGCACAGGAGACAGCGGAAGACCUCAAAGGUGUCAUUCUGGCAGAAGACCAACCUGUGGCACCGGCGGCACCCGCCCCACCUGGCGUCCAAACGGACAGCUCCCCUCCUUCCGGAGCCUCCGUGCCGGGAGCCGGGACCCUGCCGGCCGGCCCGGCAAAGCCAGCCGUGGCAGGAGAGGACGACAGAGGGAGGGGCGGAGGGGGCAGGGGGCAGCCCCCUCUCCGCCACCGGUCGGAGGGCGGCCUGGAGGAGAAGGGCCCGCCGAGGAAGCGGCCGCACCUGUCCGCCUCCCACUCGGACCUGCUGGGAACGGGCGUCUCUUUCCAGCCGUCGGGGAGCGAGGAUUCCGUCCGGACCCCCGAGCCCGGGAAUGAUGCCCCGGGCUCCGCCGGGGAGCGGCUGCCGAGCCGGUCACCCCAGGAGAGCCUGAGCCGCAGCUGGCCGCAGUGUCACACCGGCACCCCCCACCCCGGGCACCCGCCGGAGGACCCCUCCCGCCAGGCGGACCCGCCCUCGAACCUGCGAGGGGACGUCUCCGAGGGCGAGGUGGCCGUGACCCUGAUGGACACCUCUCAGCCCGGAGACCCGCCGAGUCUGCACGAGCCCAUUAAGAUCGUCAUCACCAUGAGCAGCGCCCGGGGCUCCGCGACGGACCUGGAGAGCCCGCUCCACCUGCAGGUGGUCGGCCCCGAGGGGACCGGCCUGCCGUCCGGAGCCCAGCCGGCCACCCCAGGGGCGGCCGGCCCCCCACGCCUGGAGCAGAGAAUCCCCGUCAUCACCCUCGAGCUGCCCGAGGACGGGGGAGGAGCCGUCGUGUGUCCCGAAGGCGGGGACCAGGGGGCGCCCGAGAGAUGGGUGGCGGAGGCCCCCGCUGCCCAGCGCGCUGGCCGUGAGUCUGGGGACCAGGGAAGCGCCACCGAGGCCCGCCGUCCUCCUCCGGGACCCCCCUGGGACGCGGCGCCCCCGCGCCCACCCGCCGUGGCCCCCGAGGGUGCGCGGGGAAGGGCCGGCCAGGCCAGCCUCGACCCGUCGUCGUGUCAGAGCGGCCAGGAGAAGCGGCACGCCCGGGUGCUGAGCGUGGACAGCGGCACCGAGGUCCUCCUGAGCAGGAGCCCCGCGGACGGCGGUCACGAGAAGGAGCGAGCAAUGCCCACGUCCAAGUCCGACCUGGAGGCGAAGGAAGGGCAGACUCCCAACGAGUCCAACUUCCUGGAGUUUGUCGCCCGGUUGGAAUCCAUCGGCACCGCCAAGGUGGGGGCGCCCGGCCGGAGGCGUGGCCCUGCCGAGCCGGGCAGGGACGGCGGGCUCCCUGGAGAUAACGGCUCCCAGGAGAGGAAGAACGAGAUCCUGGAACGUGGCCGCAACGCCAAGCACGGGAAACCGGACGCGCAAAGUCAGGAGCACGCGAGCCCCAGCCCCGCGCGCACGGAGCCUGCCAAGGUCGCGGCCCUUUUCCAGGGCAACAGACAGAGACAGAUCAUCUACAGGGUCACGUCCCAGCAAGACAGCUCUGUCUUGCAAGUCAUCAGCGGGCCCGAAACGUCCGCGCAGGAGGAGAUCUCCAUGGACGCCAUGCACGUCUUCAUCGACGGACACGGAGAAAUUAGAUCCUGCUACUUAAAGUCCGGGCAUCAGAAAGACGGCCCCGCCCAGCACCAGCCACCAAGCCACGACGGUUUCUCUCCCGCCGGAGACGCUCCGGUCAGCUCCUCCAGCACCAGCUCGGGGAGCCCCGACCCUUCCUCGGGGGACGCCGCGGUGAGCCCGCUCCAGCAGCAGCUGCUGCUGAUGGUGGCGCAGAGGACCCAGCCGGCCACCCCCCGGCACCGGAGCCAGGACCUGGAAGCCUCGUCCUGCUCGUCAGCCCCAGGGAAGUUCAGCCGCGACCAGUUCUACAAGUUCCUCAUCUUCCCCGGCAAGUGGGUCAAGGUCUGGUACGACCGCCUGGCGCUGCUGGCGCUGCUGGACCGCACGGAGGACGUCAGGGAGAACGUGCUGGCCGUCUCGCUGGUCGUCCUGGUGUCGCUGCUGGGCUUCGUGACGCUGAGCCGCGGCUUCUGCCAGGACCUGUGGGCGCUGCUCUUCUGCCUGGUGAUGGCCGGCUGCCAGUACUCCCUGCUCAAGAGCGUCCAGCCGGACCCCGCCUCGCCGAUCCACGGACACAACCAAAUCAUUGCCUACAGCAGACCAAUCUAUUUUUGUGUGCUGUGUGGCCUUCUUUUGCUUCUCGAUGCAGGGGCCAAAGCCAGGCACCCCCCCACGUACGUCGUGUACGGCCUGACGCUGUGCUCCCCGGGCUCACUCCAGUCCGCCAGGGACGUCCUCCUUGGGUUUUUAUAUUGCUUCCCGGCCAUCUCCCUCCUGGGCCUCUUCCCGCAGAUCGACACUUUCUGCGUUUACCUUUUGGAACAAAUCGACAUGCUGGUCUUCGGGGGUUCCGCUGUUUCUGGGAUGACGUCGGCCGUCUGCAGCGUGGCCCGGAGCGUGGCCGCCGCCACCGCCCUGCACGCGCUCUGCUUCAGCGCCGUGAAGGAGCCCUGGAGCACCCAGCACAUCCCCGCGCUGUUCUCCGCCUUCUGCGGCCUCCUGGUCUCGCUGUCCUUCCACCUGAGCCGGCAGAGCAGCGACCCGUCCGUGCUCCUGUCCUUCGUUCAGUGCAGAUGGUUUCCCAGAUGCUCCCACCAGGACCCGGCGGAGCCGGCUGAGGACCCUCUCCCGGGGAAGAUGAGGGACUCGGUGAAGGACGUGCUGAAGUCGGACCUGCUCCUGUGCGCCGUGGCCGCGGUCCUGUCCUUCGCCGUGAGCGCCAGCACCGUGUUCCUGUCCCUGCGCCCCUUCCUCGGCCUCGUGCUGUUCGCCCUGGCCGGCGCCGUGGGCUUCGUGACCCACUACCUGCUCCCGCAGCUCCGCAAGCACCACCCGUGGAUGUGGCUGGCGCACCCCGUGCUGAGGAGCAGGGAGUACCGGCAGCGGGAAGUGACGGACGUCCCCCAUUUGAUGUGGUUCGAGAGGCUGUACGUGCGGCUGCAGUGCUUUGAAAAGUACGUCCUGUACCCGGCCAUCGUUCUGAACGCGCUCACCAUCGAUGCGUUUUCCAUCAGCAACUACCGGAGGCUCGGGACCCACUGGGACAUCUUCCUGCUGAUCGUGGCGGGCAUGAAGCUGCUGCGCGCCUCCUUCUGCCACCCCGGGCGCCAGUUCGCGCCGCUGGGCUUCGCCGUCCUCUUCUUCCACUUCGACUGCCGGGGCCUGUCCGAGAGCUUCCUGCUGGACUUCUUCCUCGCGUCCAUCCUGUUCAGCAAGCUCGGGGACCUGCUUCAGAAGUUACAGUUCGUCCUGGCGUACGUGGCUCCGUGGCAGAUGGCUUGGGGCUCCUCGUUUCACGUGUUUGCUCAGCUCUUCGCAAUCCCUCACUCGGCCUUGCUCUUCUUCCAGACGGCGGCCACGUCCGUCUUCUCCACGCCGCUGAGCCCCUUCCUGGGGAGCGUCCUCUUCAUCACGUCGUACGUCCGGCCGGUCAAGUUCUGGGAGAAGGACUACAACACCCGGCGCGUGGAUCACUCCAACACCAGGCUGGCCGUCCAGAUCGAGAGGGAUCCAGCGAACGACGACAACAACCUCAACUCCAUCUUCUACGAGCACCUGACGCGGUCCCUGCAGGAGUCCCUCUGCGGAGACCUGGUCCUCGGCCGCUGGGGGAACUACGGCUCCGGCGACUGCUUCAUCCUGGCCUCCGACUACCUCAACGCCUUCGUCCACCUGAUCGAGGUCGGCAACGGCCUGGUCACCUUCCAGCUCCGGGGGCUGGAGUUCCGGGGAACCUACUGCCAGCAGAGGGAGGUGGAGGCCAUCAUGGAGGGCGACGAGGACGACCAGGGCUGCUGCUGCUGCCAGCCCGGCCACCUGCCCCACCUGCUGUCCUGCAACGCCGCCUUCCACCUGCGCUGGCUCACCUGGGAGGUCACGCGGACGCAGUACAUCCUGGAGGGCUACAGCGUCCUGGACAACAACGCGGCCACCAUGCUGCAGGUGUUCGACCUGCGCAGGGCCCUCAUCCGCUACUACGUCAAGAGCAUCAUCUACUACCUGGUCACGUCCCCCAAGCUCCUCUCCUGGAUCAAAAACGAGUCCCUCCGCACGGCGCUGCAGCCCUUUGCCAAGUGGCAUCACAUCGAGCGCGACCUCGCCGUGUUCAACAUCAACAUCGACGAGGACUACGUGCCGUGUCUGCAGGGCGUCACGCGGGCCAGCUACUGCAGCGUCUACCUCGAGUGGAUCCAGCACUGCGCGCGGAGGACACAGGAGGCCUCGCAGACCCUGGACAGCGACGAGGACUCCCCGCUGGUGACCCUGGCCUUCGCCCUCUGCAUCCUGGGGAGGAGAGCGCUGGGCACGGCCGCGCACAGCAUGGCGCUCAGCCUGGACUCCUUCCUGCACGGCCUCCACGCCCUCUUCAAGGGCGACUUCAGGGUCGCCGCCCGGGACGAGUGGGUGUUCGCCGACAUGGACCUGCUGCAGAAGGUGGUGGCCCCGGCCAUCAGGAUGGCCCUCAAGCUCCACCAGGACCAGUUCACCUGCCCCGACGAGUACGAGGACCCCGCGGUCCUCUUCGAGGCCAUCCGGUCCUUCGAGCAGACGGUGGUCAUCUGCCACGAGGGCGACCCGGCCUGGCGGGGCGCGGUGCUCGCCAACAGGGCGGAGCUGCUCACCCUGCGGCACGUGGUGGACGAGGGCGCCGACGAGUACAAGGUCAUCAUGCUGCACCGGAGCUUCCUCAGCUUCAAGGUGAUCAAGGUGAACAAGGAGUGCGUGCGGGGCCUGUGGGCCGGGCAGCAGCAGGAGCUCAUCUUCCUGCGCAACCGCAACCCGGAGCGCGGCAGCAUCCAGAACAACCGGCAGGUGCUGCGCAACCUCAUCUGCUCCUCCUGCGACCAGCCCCUGGGCUACCCCAUGUACGUCUCCCCGCUGACCACCUCCUACCUGGGCACCCACCGGCAGCUGAGGGGCCUCUGGUGCGGCCCCGUCACGCUGGACGGCAUCAGGGCCUGGUUCCGGACCAAGUGGCUCAGGAUGCGCAAGGACUGCCAUGCUGAGCAGCGUGCAGGCGGCAACAUUGAGGACGGGGAUGGAGGGGGGGCCCCGCCUGCAGGCGGCAGCAGCGCCCCGAGUGGGGGCAGCCAGGAGGGCGGCACGGAGCAGCCCGGAAAAGAGGGGACCCACCACUGGUCACCCCGGGAAGGGACACGGAACACAGGCCGGAGGAAGGGCAGGAGCCAGUCUGUCCAGGCCCCCGGGGCGCGGAGCCCACGGCCGCCCUUCCUGAGCGCGUCGGGCCCGAUCCUGGAGAGCCGCCAGGCCUUCCUCCCCACGUCCUCGUCGGCCCACGGCCUGGCCCCCCGGCUCGAGGGCAGCCGGCUCUCCCUGCGCGCCUCGGCCGCGUCCCUGCACUCGCAGCCGCCGCCCGCCACCACCGGCCCCCUGGGCGUGCGCGAGCGGGCGGAGGCGCUGGUCCGAUCCAGCCUGGGCUCCUCCAGCAGCUCCACCCUCAGCUUCCUCUUCGGCAAGAGGAGCUUCUCCAGCGCCCUCGUCAUCUCGGGGCUCUCGGCCGCCGAGGGGGGCACCACCAGCGACACGCAGUCCUCCAGCAGCGUCAACCUGGCGCUCGGCCCCUCGGCCAGGGCGGCCGGCCAGGCCGUCAGGCACUUCUCCGAGCCGUGUGACCCCACCGAGGCCGCCGAGCAGGGGCAGCCUCGCGGGCGCCUGGCCGCGGGCCUCGGCGUGGUCUGCCGGAGGGCCAGCCAGGAGGACAUGGGCCUGGACGACACGGCCUCCCAGCACAGCGCCUCGGACGAGCAGUAGGGCCAGGAGGGGCCCCGCAGUGGGAGAGACCGAGUCCCCCACGGCUCCGCCUUCCUUUCUCUCCCUGCUGCUGCCCCAAAACUAAAGGAAGCCAACACUCACCCACAUGAGCCCCCGUGGACGAGUGAGAGCUGGUGUGGACAUUAACUUGAUCUCAGGUUCUAGAACAGUCUCUUGCACGAUGGACAAAACCAGUGGGCCGGGCCUCCCGCCCGCUGCCCCACAGCGGGAACGAGGCCCAAAACUCCAGAAUUUGGAUGCAAACAAAAGCCACGUGCCGUCUUCCAACAGCCAGGGCAGAGCCCACCCACCCCUCUCCGCCCGACGGGAACCCGACACCCGCAUGCCGACCAGCUGACCUUUCACACACGCCCGCCUCCAAGAAAGAGCGACUAGCGGCCACCGCACCUCGCCAGCCACGGGCCCAGGCGCGGAGGUCACGUCCACGCACACUCUCACUGCUCUGUAGUGUCCAUGCCGAUGUUAGGUGCGUGUGAACCGGUGACAUGCAUGCAGCCAUGUCCACGGCACCGUGUGACAGCCACAUCCCCGCGGGAGCUGGACGUGCAGUCCGGGCGGACGGACACCGUCGGGGAGGGACGCGGUGCCCCACACGCCAGAGCGGCGUCCCAAAGGCAGCCGGCC